GGUUUAUUCCAAACUAAGCUGAAAAAGGCGCACACAAAAAAUUCCAAGCUUUUCCCCAUUUUCGGGUACGCUUUUUUCUCCUCCGACCUCUUCCUCCUCCCUUCACAUUUUAGGGUUUGUGUAAAUAUUGCAGAGGUUAAGAGAAGAAGAUGAGGCCUGUUUUUGCUGGGAAUUUGGAGUAUGAUACACGACAAUCGGAGCUGGAGCGAUUGUUCUCAAGGAACUUUCUCUAAGGAAAAAUACGUUGAGGUUCUAUCUUUUGGCUCGCCAACCUCUGCAAUUUUCCUUUUUGGAAGCGAACCUUCUUGCUUGCUUGCUCUCUGCAUUUUCAUACCUGAUUAUUCAACACUCACUUACCUCAUCACCCAACAUUUGACAUCCAUCAGAAUGUUCAUAGGGGAACCAUCAAUCAAUCAAUCAAUCAAUUUAUUAAGCCAUGCCUAGCUUCAAUGCAUAUAGGGGAUCAAUGUACUAUUUCAGAAUUCACUUGUGCUGUCUGAAUGGAGAAGCAUGCUUGGCAGUCACAAUAUCAGAUCUGAAUUUUGGAUUUAAAUCUUAUAAUUGCAAUCAUGAUUUUGUCCAUCAUUCCACGCCUCUCUACAGCUUCUUGUCCAUCAGAGCCCCACUCAUAUUUUCAGGUUUUGCUUUUGUCUAUUAUGAGGAUGAGCGUGAUGCUGAAGAAGCAAUUCGUGCACUUGACAAUUUUCCAUUUGGCUAUGAAAAGCGAAGGCUCUCUGUUGAAUGGGCUAGGGGUGAACGUGGGCGUCAUCGUGAUGGCUCAAGGGCAAACCAGAAGCCGACAAAAACCCUAUUUGUGAUCAACUUUGACCCAAUUCGUACUAGAGUUCGGGAUAUAGAAAAGCACUUUGAACCUUAUGGGAAGGUUCUUCAUGUUCGAAUUCGUAGGAACUUUGCAUUUGUGCAGUUUGAAACACAAGAAGAUGCUACGAAAGCUCUUGAGUGUACGAAUAUGAGUAAGAUACUGGACAGGGUGGUGUCUGUGGAGUAUGCACUGAGGGAUGAUGGUGAUAGGGGUGACAAGUAUGACAGUCCGAGACGGGGUGGUUAUGACCGAUCACCGAGUCCGGCCUAUCGCAGGCGGCCAAGUCCUGACUACGGUCAUCCACACAGCCCUGUGUAUGAUAGAUAUAAUGGACCAGACAGGCGUAGGAGUCCCGAUUACGGCAGGCAGAGGAGCCCAGAUUAUGGCAGGCACAGGAGUCCUGAUUAUGGCAGAUACCGCAGCCGUUCACCAGCUCGAAGGUCAAGGACUUAGGCUAGGUCCCGGUUUUCUGUGGUAAAGAAGCAGGCGAGUGGCACCUUAUUUUUUUUAACUUUCUGGUUGUUAGAGUAACUAAUGGAAUGAUACAUUGUGUAGUAAAAGGGUACUCGCCACAGUUUAGUUUGAUUUGGUUUGGCUUUGCAAAAUAGCUUUGUUGUAAGUCCAUGCCAAUUGUGGCUAUAUGAAUUAUUAUGAAUGCAUAUAUUUGAUUAUUGGAUAAGCUGCCUUUUUUCAUUUCAAGUUGUUGGGUUUUACUAAUUCCAGGACCUCGAGAUUUCAUGGUUUUUUUUAGUAGUAUUUCUUAAAGGUUUAAUUAUUCUGUUGGUCUAUAGUUUUGUGAAAUUUUCAAUUAGGUCCUUAUACUUUUUUUCCUUUUAAUUGAGUUCUUGUACCAAUUUUUUUUUGGGACUCUGCACCAAUUUUUUUUUAGUUGGGUCUCUAUAAAAUUAAGUCAAUUAUUGCUAAUAGGGACAUAAUUGAAAAAAAAAUUUGGUGCAAGGACCCAAUUAAAAGGAAAAAAAGUAUAGGGACCUAAUUAAAAUUUUCGCAAAACUAUAGGGACCAACAGGGUAAUUAAACCUUUCUUAAAGUACCAAAAAUGUAUAUGAUGCUUACUAUUCCAGGAAUUGUAAUUGAAAUACUUAAGAUAUAUAUUUUAUCUAUCAAAUUAUUGAUUACAACAUAUAAUAAAGAUUUUCUAUAUUAAAUUUUACCAAAAUCGGAUGAAUAUUAAUAAAUAGGUUAAAUUACACAGUUAGUCUCUAUUUUCAUUGAAAUUGCAAAUAGGUUCCUACACUUUAAAAGUUUGUAAUUGGAUCUCUGAAGUAAAUUAAAAUUUGUAAUUGGGUCCCCACUAAUGUUUAGCGUGAAUGGAAACGUUAAAUAUUAUUUUACCAGAAUGCCCUUAUCUCUCAUAACGUUCUAAAGAGUCACUUUGAAAGAGAAGAUAACGAUCUCUCAUAACGUUCCUCUAGUAUUUGUGUCCCUUUGUUAGGGUUGAAGGAUUUUUUCGAGCUGUGAUGGACCCAAACCAGUUGUUCGAAGGAAGCUCAACAUCCAGGAGUAUGAAAAAGAGAAGACAUCGAUGCUUCUGUGGGGAGGAGAUGGUGGUGCUCUCGUCGUUGUCUAUGAACAACCCAAGUAGGAGAUUUGUUGCUUGUUGUAAAUUACCAAAAGUGUAAUUUUUUUGAGUGGAUUGAUAGAGAUAAAGAGGUGAUGGGAAAGGGGAGAAGGACUCACUGCUUUUGUGGAGAUCUGCUGACACUUCGAAUCUCCAGUACUGUGAUGAACUCAAAUAGGAGAUUUAUAUCCUGUCCCAGUAGAAGAUGCAAGUUUUUUGAAUGGAUUGAUGAAGAAGACAUGGCUGGGGCUCAAUCUCAAUGCACCUAAUACAGAAAUCAAACGGAGGAAUGUUUAAAACAUGGUGGAGAUUUUGUAAGGUUGGAUGAAUCUAUGAAUGUUGCACUAGUAAAGGCACAAGAAAGAAAGAUAGAUAGAUUAAAUAUAGAGAUAGGACGCAUGGAAGCAAGUGUAGGAAGAUUGCAUUCUGAUUUUACAUUGCUCCAACAACAAUUGGCAGAGUGGAGAGUGACAUGAAGAAGCAGAAACAAUUGCAGAAGAUGAUAUUGAAUUGUGUGUUGGUAGUAAUAUUUGCGGUGUAUUGGUUUAACUAACUUUGAUGAGUUAGGAGAAAAAGUGUAUCUGUAGUGUAUUUGAAUAGUGUUUAGUGCUGAAUGUAAUCAUCUUUAUUUAUCAA